AUGUGGAAUCUGAACUGCAGUGAAAGCGACACCAAAGUCGCUUGCCUGAAUCUAGGCGAAGCGGUGCUCACGAUAUCGUCAAUGCUCACAGUCAUGUUGAUUAUCAUAUUCGGCAACUUGCUUGUUGUCGUCACCGUGUACCGGGAUCGGAAGUUGCGAAUGCAGAGACAGAACUGGCUAAUCGUGAGUCUGGCAGUCGCGGAUAUGCUUGUCGGUUUAUUGGUCAUGCCACUUACCCUUACUUACGAAAUCGUGGGUGAAUGGACAAUGGGGACCGUGCUUUGCGAAAUGUGGCUGGCACUGGACGUUCUUUUUGUAACAGCAUCUAUUCUGCACAUUUGUGCAAUUUCUUUGGAUCGCUACUUCUCGGUCACAUCUCCACUUACGUAUCCGACCACGAGGACUCCACUCAGAAUGUUCAUUUAUAUUGGAGUAUCGUGGAUUGUGUCCCUUCUCAUUUGUCUCCCACCAAUUUUCGGAUGGCGGCCGGAAAGGGCAGAGGGAGAAUGCUCCGUCAGCACCGAUCUCGGAUAUGUGCUCUACUCGUCCCUAGGGUCCUUCUACAUUCCAGUUGUCAUCCUCAUCAUCGUUUAUGCGAAAAUCUACAGUAUCACCAUUCGUCAUAGCAGGCAGAGACUGAAGGAGACUGAACGGCGGGAUCACACAUUGAACAUGUUGACUAUAAGAAGUAGCACCAAUGAGAGACAUAACAUGGAAUAUGAACUCGAAGAGAACUCCGACCCAGCUGAUGAUGAGAAAGAGAAACCCGCAUCCAAUCGGGACAUGAUUAACAAAGUGUGCUGGCAACUUCGUAAAAUUUCUGAAGAACUUCCAAGGCAAGGGGUCAAGAUUGCCCUAGACACCAACCACAACAGUCCUCCAUCAUCUGAUCUGGCGCGGAAGCUGGAAGAAAAAAAGUUCUGCGAGAAGAGAAAACGAAAGCUGAAAGCCAAGGAACGUCAGGCAACAUUGCUGCUCGGAAUCAUUCUAUCCGCUUUUAUUUUAAGUUGGCUCCCAUUUUUUAUGAUCUACGUAAUUGGUGCUUUUGGGCAUGAGGCUCCUCCACUUGUGUUCAAAUUCUUCUUCUGGUUAGGCUAUUGCAACUCUGGAAUCAACCCAGUCAUUUAUACAGUAUUCAAUCGGGAAUUCAAACGAGGUCUCUGCAAACAAUUGCACAAAUUUGAGCGAUUUAUUCAUCCGCUGAUGGAAUUCUACAAGUAA